AUGGCGUCAAAUUCCUCUGCGCCCUCCUCCAACGGCCCCUCCCCGCUCGCCCCCUGGCACCACCCGCAGCAGCAGGCGCAGCAGCCGUACCACCCGCAGCAGCAGCAGGCCUUUCCGCCCCCCCACGGCCUCAUGCCGCCGCCCCAGCCACGCCCAUCGCAGCAGCAAAACCACGUCUCUUUUCAGCUGCAGCCGCCUUCGCAGCAGCAGCAUUCACAGCAGCAGGGGGGGGGCGACAUGGGCGUGGGCAUGGACAUGGAGCUGAGCAUUCAGCUGCCCGCACGGCGCUGGCCGCCCACCCUGGCCGCCAUCACUCCCGGCAGAAGUCUCACCGCCUCCGUGCUCGGCCGCGGCCCCACCCCCAACAUCCGCACGCUGUUCAACACAGAGCGCAAGGCGCUGGGCGAGGGGCAGUAUGGCAAGGUGUAUGUGUGCACGGAGAAGGCCACGGGCGUGCGCUACGCCUGCAAGACCAUCGCUCGCAGCUCCCUCAUCUCCGUGGAGGAUGUGGAGGACGUGCGCAUGGAGGUGAGCGUGCUGUUCCGGCUGCAGGGGCAGCCGAACGUGGUGCGCGUGCACAGCACGUACGAGGACCGCCGCGACAUCCACAUCGUCAUGGAGCUCUGCAGCGGGGGCGAGCUCUUCGAUGAGAUCAACCGCCGCUGCGAUGAGAUGACCGUGCCCUACAGUGAGAGGGACGCGGCGAAGCUGUGCAAGGCGGUGGUGCGGGCGGUGCAUUCGUGCCACAGCAGCGGGGUGAUCCACCGCGACCUCAAGCCCGAAAACUUCCUCUUCUCCUCCGCUGGCGCCGACGCCGUGCUCAAGGCCGCUGACUUCGGCAUGGCUGCCUACUUUAAACCCGGCGAGGGAUUCACGCGGGUGUGUGGGAGCUGCAUGUACAUGGCGCCGGAGGUGAUCCGCAUCUGGGAGAACCUGGGCAAGCAGCGCUACGGGCCGCCCGUGGACAUCUGGGCGUGCGGCGUCAUCUUCUACAUCCUGCUCGCCGGCAACUACCCCUUCCUGCCGCAAGGCCCCGACCGGUCGGAGAGGGCGUUCAGGCGGGUGAUACUGCAGCCGCAGCGGCUGUUCCGAGAGGCGGUGUGGGGACGCAUAUCGGCGGACGCCAAGAGCCUCAUCGCCGCCAUGCUGCACCCCGACCCCGCCCUGCGCCCCACUGCACAGCAGGUGCUCGAGCACACGUGGAUAGUGCGGGCGCCGGACGAGCCGUUGGAGAAGGACGUGGUGGACCGCUUCAAGCAGUUCCUCUACGUCAUGCGCCUCAAGAAGGUCAAGAAGGUGGCGCUCCGGGCGAUGGUGGAGGGCAUGGGGGAGGACGACAUCCGCGUGGUGCAGGGCGACUUGGGUCGCCUGGACCCCAACGCCACCGGAGUGGUGCCCAUCGAGGCGCUGCCCCACGCGCUGCACUCGCGCGGCUUUCAUGGCCCUGCUGAUGCUGUCGCCAGCAUCAUCCACGAGAUCUGUCUGGACGGCAAGGUGGCGUUUGACUAUGCGGACUUCUUUGUGGCGCUGCUGCAGCUGUGCGGGGUGGAGCAGCAGGAGAACCUGUUCCAGGCCUUCUCCGUGUUCGACCAGGACCUCAGCGGCUACAUCAGCGAGGCCGAGCUGCAGCGCGCGUGUGAGAAAUACCGCGUCAACCGCCAAGUGGUGCAGGAGAUGAUGGCCGAGGUCAACCGCGAUGAGGCGGGGCGGGUGGACUACAACGAGUUUGUGGCGAUGAUGCGCAUGCAGGCGGGCGGGGUGAGCCGGCGAACCAUAGAGCGCCACAUGGACAACGGCAGCAUCAAGGAGAUGGACCACGGGGGCGGUGCAUCAGGGCCGUACGAUGGGGACAGCGAUGACAUGCGCAGUGAUGCCGCCUGUGCUGCUGCUGAUACCGCCAGUGUUGGCAAUGGAGGCGGGUUCUGA